GAAAAAGGAAGCGGCGGCGGCGGCGGCGGCGACCCCGCAGCCAUGGAGAAGAUGCAGCAGAUCGUGGGACGGGCCAGAGCCGCCUUCAGAUCGGGCCGGAGCCGCCCGCUGGAGUUCAGGAUUCAGCAGCUGAAGGCGCUGGAGAGGAUGGUGCAGGAGAAGGAGAAGGAGAUCCUGGCAGCCCUCAAGGCGGACCUGAACAAGUGCGGGCCCAGCGCCUACAGCCAUGAAAUUCUGGGCGUGCUGGGGGAGCUGGCCCUCACCAUGGAGAAGCUGCCGUCCUGGGCAGCCCCUCAGCCCGUGAAGAAGAACCUGCUGACCAUGAGGGACGAGGCGUACAUCGGCUACGAGCCCCUGGGCGUGGUGCUGGUCAUCGGGGCCUGGAACUACCCCUUUGUGCUGGUCAUGCAGCCCCUGAUCGGGGCCAUCGCAGCAGGCAAUGCUGUGGUGGUGAAGCCAUCGGAGGUCAGUGAGAACACGGCUCGGCUGGUGGCUGAGCUCCUCCCACAGUACCUGGACAAGGAUCUGUAUGCUGUGGUCACUGGAGGAGUUCCUGAGACAACCGAGCUGCUGACGCAGAGAUUUGACCACAUCCUCUACACUGGCAACACUGCAGUGGGCAAAAUUGUGAUGGCAGCAGCUGCCAAGCACCUGACCCCUGUCACCC